AGUUCGAAUCCCUUAGCGUCCUCUUUUUGUUUUCUUGAUCUUCGUUUCAAACCCUAACAAUAGAUUCUUCGUCGUCGUCCUGUUUUUUGUCAGAUCUCCGGCCAACAUCUCACCUCCGUUAUCAAUCUCCGGGAAGCAGUGUCCAUGGAUAUAGAUCCACCAGCACCGCCAUCUUCAAAACCCAAGAAGCUAAAAUUCAACCCCAAACCACCGCCUCGCAGGAAAACCGGUCCUCUCUUGCCUAAAAGUAAAAGUGAUAGUAGUGAUGAAGAUGCUGAAGCCGCUCGGGAAUUCGUCCGCGAAGUCAAUCAACGCCUCUGCGGCACAAGAGGGCCUAAAGUCGAAAAGAAAUCUUCAGGCGAUGGUGCAAUGUCGUUGGGAGAUGGAUCAUCAACAACUCAGCUGAGGACUCAUGGCCAGCCAAAAGAUAGGAACACCAAGAACAGUCUGAAUUUGAGAGAGUCUGCUGAGAAAAGCAUCAUGCUUACAUCCUCAGCCGCUACAAAAGAUGGAGAUCUUGAUGAAAACCCAUCAUUAUCAUCAUCUGCUGAUGGGUUUGAAUCCUCAAGCAAGACUCGAAAAGAGUACAAAGAACCAUUUGACAGUAAAUACCAUCCCAUCAGUCUUCCAUGGAGACGCCCUGGCUCUGGAAAUCCAGAGCUUCUUAAUGCACAAGAGUUUGGGCAGGAGGAGGAGUAUGAUGAGAAUAAAAUCAACUCUGCUUUAGAGCUUGGGCUGUUGUGUGGGCAGGAAAACAGUGAGGAAAAACAGUUUAUCCUUUUCCAGUUUCCUUCUCAAUUUCCAUUGAAUGAGCAACCAAAGGGAAAAGAUGAUAAGAAGGUCAAAAACCCUGAUUUGAAAGAGUUGCCAGAUGGGUUCAUGGGUAAAAUGCUGGUUUAUGAAAGUGGAGCAAUCAAGUUCAAGCUUGGAGAUACGACCUUCGAUGUUUCUUCUGGCACACCUCGUGAAUGUGCUCAAGAUGUUGCAAUUAUGAAUACUAAAAGCAAGGACUGUUGUGUGCUCGGGGCAGUCCAAAAACAAGCCAUCGUAACUCCGGACUUGAGUUCUGUCUUGACCAACAUCAACCAGCAGUGAUGCUACAAAGAUUCAUGGAGCCACAAUAGCAUUAGGUAAAUUUGUAAACUUCAGUAACUGUGGCUAUGUCUAUAUUGCUAACAACUAGAAUCUGUCCAUGCUACUUAGGAAACUCAUUCUUCUUGCACAUUGAUCCAGUAGAGUAAAAAAGAUUUACCACC